GCAAGCGGAAGUUGUGCAACUGGUUCAGCACGAUCAGCUACAGUUGGAAGCCGAAGAGCACGAAGAAUCGCGCGAAGGUGAAGAAAGCGGUACCGAAAGCUCGACGUCACGCUAAAACCGGACCGGUAAUUUGUAGCUUUGAACGGUUUUUGUAAAAAUUCCAAACGGAUACAAUUGUUGCCAAACAUGUCUUCCUCGACGACACCAACAACUACGACGACGACGACCACGGCCAUGAAUCUCGACCAAGUGGCAUACUUUCUGGUGACCGGUGCAUCGCGCGGUAUCGGUGCUAAGAUGGCCAUCGAGACGGCCCGCAAAUUCAAACCCGGUUCCGUCGUCGUGCUGCUGGCCCGGUCGGCAUCCGGUUUGGAAAGUACCCGCUCGGAGAUACUUGCCGUCAAUCCGCACGUUACCGUGGUGACUAGUUCGGUCGAUUUGGCCACGGCUUCUAAAGAGCUGCUGAACGAAAUACUGGACAAAUCGCUCGGCAAGCAACAACCGACCGGCCAGUUCGGGUUGGCCUGUGUCAUCCAUAACGUUGGCACGAUAGGCAACAUUGAGCGGAAGGCGAUCGAUAUGGAUGAUCGUACCGAGUGGGAACAGUACUUUGGUACGAACCUGUUUACCGUGGCGGUGCUGAACAGUUGCUUUCUGCGCAAGUUCCAUUCUGUUUCCAGUAAGCUGGUCAUCAACAUCACCUCCAAGGCCUGCUUGGUACCGUUCCAGAGCAUGACGUACUACUGUGCCGGUAAGGCAGCUCGCGAGAUGUAUUUCCGCGUGCUGGCAGAAGAGGAAGCCACGACGGGCGUUACCGUGUUGAACUACUCGCCCGGUCCAGUAGACACGGAAAUGACCGUCGAUCUGCAGGCGAAUUCGAACGCACCGGAAAUCCGGGACUACUUUAAGAAUCUCCGCGAUACGACGACAAUACUCACGACCGAGCAAACGACGGCCAAAUUUUUGCAUAUACUCCAGAACGGUCUGUUCAAGUCGGGCGAUCAUGUCGAUUAUUAUGAUCACUAAGUGUCCACGAAGUGGCCAAAGCAUGUGCCCAAAAACAUUCCACCUUAUACUAUACAUGUGUGCAAUCGCUUAAAGCUUCCAAUAAAGAAGAACGCUACAUGGUCAGGCAGCGUGUGUGGCGUAACAUGAAAUGAGUGUGAGACAUGUGUUUUCUGUUUGUCCCUUAUCACCGCCCCGUUUUGUUUGACGGUUAUUUCUCUGUUCUU